CUGAACUCCUGAAGGAAUUCCCACGCGCCACCACCGUGGCAGUUAAUAACAGCUCGCUUCUGUUUUUGUUGACAUUUCCACAAUUUGAACAGAGCGAAUAAAAGUGGCGAUUUCUUCUUCUUCCUCCUUGAUCUGGAUGCGAGGUUAGACUUUGAAUUUUGAGGAGUCUGAAAGAGAAAGAGAAGGAGAAGGAGCGAGAGGAGAAAGGGAUAAUAAGAAAGGAGGAAAAUGCACGAUUUCUGCUUCACGAUCCCGUACGGGCUGAUUCUGGUGGCAGGGGGAGUGAUGGGGUAUCUGAAGAAAGGGAGCUUGUCGUCGUUGGGCGGCGGUGCGGGGACUGGUUUUCUACUUAUCUUAGCUGGGUAUUUGAGUUUGAAAGCUUUCGAGAAGAGAAAGAACAAUUACUUCGCUUUAGCCAUGGAAACAGGUUCGUGCUUCUGUUCUGUCUCUACUUUUACCUUUUCCCCGUUUGCUUCACUUGGUUUUCAUGGUUAGCUUGGAUUUUGUUCUGCUUUCCCUUUUGUUAGAUCCUCGUUAUGUUUUGAUUUGAGUGAGGUUCUGGGUUUUUUGUAAAAGGGUAUCAAAGAGAAAUUCUUUGGUUCUUCUGAUGUCUGCUUUUGAUCUUCUUGGUUGUGAAGAUCUCAGGUGUGUUCAUUUUGGUCAAUUGUUCAGUAAAUUUGCUUACAUUUGAUCCCAUGUUGUGGAUGAGAUUUUCCGCUCUUUGUGGCCACUUAUCUUGCUUUCACACAUCUGCAAGAUAGAUCAGCUGCCUCGUCUAUGUUUUCGAACUUGGCACUGUUUCGGGCUUCGUUGCUCAAUGAUUAACUGGUCUAGACAUUAUCAGUUUUCCCCCGUGUGUGCUCGUGUUAGUACUUAGUAGUUAGUCUCUCUUGUCUAUUGGUGUAGUAAAUCAAACUUUUCCAGUAUGAUCAUAUGAUGUACACCUGCAGCUUAUUAUGUUAGAGAAUCGGUAUAAAUCCGUGGUUGUUCUUGUUCUCUGUGUUGUUGAUAGUAUUGACUAUUAAGGAAACGAAUGUACACACUGAUCAAUUUGGUUUGGACCAAUACAGUAUGUGCUGCUGCUCUGACAUUUAUCAUGGGGCAACGUUACUUGCAAACCUCAAAGAUCAUGCCUGCUGGUCUCCUUGCUGGUAUCAGGUAUGGCAAAUCCUUCAGGGUUGCAAUUUUGGUGUUGCAAUUUAUGUUUACAUCUUCAAAUGUUCGCGACAUCCUUUGAUGGCAUCUGUCAGUGUGGUGUUAACUGGACAAUGAAAUACAUAACUACUUCCUGAUUUCUUCUCCAAGUUAUCCAGGAACUGUUAAUAGUGUGAGUGUAGAAGGUAAUCUAUAGUCGUCGCUGCACACUGCACAGGAUGCCUUGGCAAUCUCCUUGUUUAGAAUAUUCACAGGAUACCUUAUCAAUCCCCAUGUUUAGGAUAUGCACUGGAUAAGAUCAGGAUAAAAGAGGCAGCAGAAAUAAAGAGAGGUUUGCAAACCUAUUGAAAGAUCAUCAAUUUGUUUAUAGUCUGGUUAUGGCAUCAUUGUGGAGUUUCUAAGGCAGUUGACAUCCCUAGCUGCCAUUGAUUAUCUCUGUAAAAUGAGAUUUUAGGAGUCUAGCAGGGACGAGUUAAUGUAUCUUAAUUCGUCCAGUUAGAUGCUUUAGUUUUCCCAAAGUGCUUAGUCUGUCCUAUAUAGUUGAGUACCGGGACCAUAUUGGUGACUAACCCGUUUAAAUCUUGUAGCCUCACACUAACACUCUUAUGUUUGCUUCCCCCUUUGCAGUUGUCUCAUGACUGCAUUUUAUCUAUACAAAGUUGCAACAGGUGGCAACCACAUUCCGAGCAAGGCCGAGUAAUGGCACAGUGUGACAUGCUACAACACUAACCUCAAAAUACAUACCGAGAUUUAUGAAUUUGGCGAUAGCUCUGUAUUGGAAACGCCCUGAAUUUCGUCUGACACAUCUGUAGCAGUAUUAUUCUACAUUAUCUUUUUAUAACCAUACUUUGAAACCUUCCAAGGUUUGGUUUGCUUUGCUUUGCUUUUGUAGAGUACAGUGGUUUGUGAUAGAAACCUAUUCUCCACGGGUUUCUAUUAUAACUACAAUAUCCAUAUUAGAGAUAAUUGUUAGAAUAGAUAAUUACUUGGUUGAUAAGUUUAGGGGUAUUAUUAGGUUUUCAGCUCUUUUACUAUAUAAAUGUACUUUGCUAUUCGGUUAGAAUCAAGAAGAAGAAUAUUAAGAAAAGCCUUCCAAACCCUAAUCUCCCUAUCCUCUCAAUUCUCGUUCUCAAACCCUCUAAAGGUCUAGGCCGAUUCUCUAUCUUCUUCCCCGAAUUCUCUUCUAAAUCCCUAAUUCCUAUCAAUUCCCAAUUUCCCAACCCAAUCAAUAGAACCCUAGAAAUAGGUUUCUAUCAUCUGGUAUCAGAGCCAGAAUGAACUCAUCCAAGUUCUUCGAUUCAGAAUGGAUUCGUCUCAGCCAACGGUUGCAGCAGUCUCUUGACCGCUACGAACGGGAAGCACGGGAGAGGGCGGCGGCCGAGGGCGAGGCGAUGGCGAUGGUGGCGAGCACCGCCGCAAGCGAAGCGGGACAGAGGCGGUCAGCGGGGCUGCCCGAGCAGACUGAGGAUGACGGCGUGACGAUGGUGGAAGGCGCUGAGGUCAAUGGCGCAUCUGAAUCGUUGCAGUCGUCGGAGCAGACUGAGGAAACAGACAGUGGUACUGACGAAGAAGAAGGUCGUGCCUCUGUCCGAGCCGCGGACGAGUCGCAGCCGCUGGAGCGAACCAAGGCGUCCAAAGAUGGUGAAGGGCGGGAGGAGAUCCACGCAUUUUCGUCGACGGUGGAGAGCGAGGUUUCGGGCUGCGACGAGACGAAAGAGCUGAGGCCGCGGGGCCAGGCUAUCGUUUCCAAUCGAAAUGCAUCGGCCCUUUCUAUCGAGACGGAUGUAAUCGUCACCACCAUCAAACUCGCCGCUGCCGGUUCCACGGAGGAGUGGUGCAAGGCCGCCAACACCAUGGGAGCUGCUGAGGUCGACGAAGAAGAAAGAGAUCGUGAUGCUCCUACCGCGAUCCCCAACAAGAGGAGGGCCAUCAGACAUGGAGUAGAAACCCUAGCUGAAAGUCCGGAGAAAAGAUCGACGCAAAGUCGCGUUACGAACUGGCGGUAUCGGAAGAAGACAAACGAUGCAAACCAGUGUCGGCCAUCAUCAUCGGUCGAGCGGGAUCAACCGGCGAUGAGAGCUGUAGCAGCAAGGAAGUUGCCGUCCAACGUUCCACCGUGGCCGCCGCCAUCACUAGAAGAACUCUCCGUCACAGUCACGCCUUCACCGUCAACGAUUACGAGAGGAGACCCGCCAGUGUUGGGCUUGUUGUGCGUGGGGAGCAUAUGGGAGAAGCUCGUACGUGGGGAGACUUCGGGGGAACCUCCUGGAUCUGGGAUUGUUAUAUUUCCAUGGAGGCAUAGGAGAGGAAUUAUCACUAAUAGUGUGGAAACUGAAAAGGCCAUCCUCUGUUUUUUUCCUGCUAUUAACAGAGUAUCAUCAAGCAACAAGGAAGUACACAUUGACUGGGAAAGGGAAAUGGCCAAGUAUGGCCGAAUCACAUGGAGUGAGAAAGAGCCGAUUAUCAAUGCAGUAGACACCUCGAAUGAAGCACCAUACUCGCCAUCGACCGUGACGAUCAAGAUUCACACUACCAGAAGCUCUGGAGUUCAUUCGAUGAUGGGGGAUCUCCACUCUGACACCGACAGGCGAGAGGGAGAGCCGGUGACAAACCACAGGCUUGACCUAUUGGAGUUUCGAGUCGAGUCCGAGGAACCAAGGUUGUCGGCGGCUCCAGCUGUGCGAAUGGCGGAAGCUCCGGUCACGUCGCAGGCCGACAAUGAGGCGAAUCCGAAGAUUAAGAUGGAGGAGGUGAUUAAGGAAGUUAGAUCAAUGGAAGGGAUGAAGCAGGAAGGGAAGCCCGCAAGUCAACGAAGUAUUGCAUGCAUUCUAUGGGUGCGACAAGGUAUCUUUAGUUCUCAAUUGCACAUUCUAGAGUUGGCUUUGCAAACGGGUGCUCUGGUGAUGGGCUGUCUUGACAAGCUGAUUUUUCGUUUUGGGAAUGAUGCCUUGCCUUGGUAUGGAGUAGACGAGAGGGAGGGUAAGUCAGGUAGGUGGGUUGAAGGACAUAUCAUGGAGAAAAGAACUCCACGUACUGGGAACAAACUUCUCCUUCACGUGUUGCCUAGUAUGGAUCGGCUGUGGAGACUUGAGGAAUUGAGCAUAAAUUGUCAUGGCAUAAUCAAGUUACCACUGUUUAUUAUAAGCUUAGGUGAAGAUGAAGAAGAGGAUAGUGGGCACAUGCAUGGAAAUGAGAGGUGGUGUUGUUCCAUCAAAGUACAGGGUGUAUGGAUAUUGGAGGCGGUCGUGAAUGGGAUACAGAGUGGAGAAAGAAGAGUUUGUGGAGAGUUGUGGCUUGUUUUUAUCUCCAUUUGUGUGGCUGAUAUGAUAGCAUCUUCCAUCAAAGAUGAUAGGCGUCACGUGGUCAGAAAAGAAUCAGGAGAGAUUGGAACUGUUGGAGGAGGAUCGAUGAAAGUUGAAGCUGUUAAUGUUGAAUUUGCUGUGAGCUUCAACGAAAUUGGAAAAAGGGGAAAAAAAUGGAAGAAGCGCAAGAAAUGGAGGAAUCAUUGUGCAGGUGGCACGAGGAAAGCAGAGAAGUGGAUCCAGUUGGUCAACCUUGAGGGCAAGGUUGGUUUCAAGGGAGAGGGGAUGAUAGAAACCUAUUCUCCACGGGUUUCUAUUAUAACUACAAUAUCCAUAUUAGAGAUAAUUGUUAGAAUAGAUAAUUACUUGGUUGAUAAGUUUAGGGGUAUUAUUAGGUUUUCAGCUCUUUUCCUAUAUAAAUGUACUUUGCUAUUCGGUUAGAAUCAAGAAGAAGAAUAUUA